CUAGGUGUUAUGUUUUGCGUCGAGGAAGUCCUCAAGUAGCCUAAGUCAGCUCUCCAGUCGCCAUAUCCUCUCUUCACAUCAAGUAUCAAACCAGCAAUGCGUACCACAACCUCACUCAUCGCUCUCUUCGUCUGCUUUCUUUCAGAAUUAGACGCAAUCAUCUCAUUUAGUCGACAGAAUUGCUUUGUUUACACAACAUACGACGACAUCACGAACUCUAGCUGUCCGAAACGACUCGACAAGAAGCUGCUAAUGAAUUAUCCAGUCGAAAGAUGGCAACACGCCGAGCAGUUGGCGCUGACGGCUGCGAACUUGAUAUCUGCACUGCAUGAGGAUGAUCCGCCACGCCCACCCGUGCGGAACUUCACCGUACUGACGCUAAGAAACAUGAUGGAGGACAGUAUCGGACUGAAGAGCGUAAAGAUAGUUUACAACGAAGAGCUAGAAGGUGAGAAAAGUGGUGGAAUUUGCAGCGACAAAUUCGUAGAAAUGAGUCGCAAUCAGGUGGAAAGCCUCAAGGAGCAAAUUACGAGCAUCGAUGGUAAGAUGACCUAUGCUGAUCAGGAAAACCGCACCGACUGGACUGUCCUCAACGGCACACUCACUCUGAGAUACAACUCAUCAACCAUACCUGGUAAGACUCGUUACGUUUCGCGAUCUCUAGUAGAAGACACGGAUGGGUUUUGGACAUCUCCAUACCACGAUUGCUGGAUCGUCAAUGGCUCGGUGGUGUCCUACGUCGUUCCAAUCCUCAAAGCCACUUCCAACACACACCAUGGGUAUCACAUCAUGGGCCAGGUAUAUGUUGACGUCAAACUAUACGAUCUGGAUAUCAACCAGUGUAGCCAUGGCAACACAUCAAGAGAGGACAGGUUUGCAGAGACACACCACUGUCAUCCGACAUCAGUCUGCACGCCGAUUUCAGGCAAAGGCUUCAACCUUGGUUCUUAUGAAUGCCAUUGCAAGCCUGGUUAUUAUCGUCCCAAUGCAUCCGAACAGGAGCAGUACUUUGAUGGUAGAAAAAUCGAAGCAUACUACAGAUUGCAGUGCAAAAACUCUUUGUCUUUCAAUCAGGACAAAUUUGCGUGUCUACGUUGUAAAGAGGGAUGUGGCAACUGCACCUCUGGUGAAAGUUGCUUAUAUCAAUGGGAAGUCGGCCGUCGUAUGGCUCUUCUUGUGAUCAACUGUUUGAUGAUGAUUAUUCCUGUUUGGCUCAUUUACUUUGUCAUCAAGAACCGGAACAUACGGAUUGUUCGAUCAUCGAGUUUCCGUCUUCUCAUUCUGAUCCUUGUAGCAGUGGAGAUUCUCUUUGCAAACGUUAUAGUCAAAUACUUCAAGCCGACACGUGUGACGUGUUCACUGAUCGAAUGGAUGGAACACACUGCAUUCAUACUGCUUAAUGGCACACUCUUUCUUCGUGUGUAUCGUAUUGUCCUCAUAUUCACAACACAGCUCAGUCGGCUGGCGGUGGUCGAGGCGAGAAUGCGCGAUACCGACUUGGUAAAGAAGCUUGUUCUCAUGCUUGCAACCAUCAUACUUUAUUUGAGUGUUUGGAUGGUAGUUGAUACACCGGAUAUGACAGUUGUUGUAGCCGACAAUGGACUGAAGUUUGACAUGUGUCGUCGUACAUGGUGGCAUUACGCUGUCGGUUUGUUUUACGUUUGUCUCCUUGUGUGGGGCGCAUACCUCGGAUUCAAGGUGAGGAAAGUGCCGUCGUCAUACAACGAGAGCAAACUCAUCUUUAUUCUCAUUUAUAUCGUCGUCGUUCUCUACGUCUUCUUUAUUAUUCUUGAUUUGUUCACGCAGUUUCGUAAAAACCCUGAUUAUUCCUUCAUAAUGGACUUCACAUUUUGCACAUUGAGAAACAACCUCAUUCUGCUAUUCCUUUUUGCAAACAAAGUGUAUGCCACGUGGAAGGGAGAAGGUGAUACAGAGCUCCUUCCAAUGAAGAUGAACACCCCGACUAUGUCUUUUGCAUCUACUCACUCAGAUUGUCAUAGCCGUUCGAUUUCUAAACGACCAGGAUCCUUUUCAAGCACUUCCAUGGUGAUGGAUAAAUUUGAUGCCGAGAUGCGUGGUGGUGUGUAUAAUGAAAAUGCAAAUGGACGGACAUGAAGAGGUUUAUAAUAUAUUGGAUUUGAGUGUGAUAUGCAAAACAUGCUGUCAUAGGAAGGAAUCGUGUGAAAUUGGUGCAAUGUGACUUUGCUCCUAAUACGUGUACACUGUACAGACAUAGCAAAAAUACGACUGUACAGCAGACAUAUGAUGUUAGCAAUUCAUGAAUGUAUUAAUGAAGUGGCACACAUUGCAGUGACUGUAUUGUGUGGUAUUAGAUUGUAUAAUCAAAUGUAUCAACAGAUAGCCCUGAG